UUACCGCUGCGCCCUCUCGCGGUAUCCGUUUCCAGACUCCCCUUUUAUAGACGGGAAGUUUUUCUGACUCGAGUCAUAUGAUGUGACCGUGGGAAGGCAGGAACACGCCUGUCCGAGCGGAACCAGCGGUCUUUCCCACAGAAACAACAGAACGUGUCCGACUCAACAAAAUGGGGAACACGUUGUUUGGCAAAGGAACGUUCUGGGAGGAAGCUGAUGUCAACGCUGGGACCGAAACUCCUCGUCACUGACAGCUUCCCCUCGCCAUGAUAACAAGUGGUAACUCUACUGUAGCUACUGUAAUAUUACGCAAAGGAGGUUACACAUGAUAAUAAGGUGUAAUGAUACAUGUGGCUGUCGUGGAAGUGUGAUGUUUGGCCUCACGAAUCACGUUCUCAUUGCGAACCGAGAGUGGACUGACUGACCUAAAUGCACGUCAAGCCUUCAGCAGGAAAACAGCUCUUCAAAGAUCAUGGAUAACAGAGAAGAAUUAGCAGAACGGCUGAAGAAACUGCUGGUGCGGCUGAAAACCCCACAGGAGGACAGGCAGCUGUCCACACUGAUUCAAAUCCUCAAGGAUCUGCUGUCUCUGGCGCGCACGGAACAUGCGGCUGAGCUGUUUGAAGACAAAGAUGUUCAUCUACCCCUCACAGUGGUACUUUCAUCUAAUAUGAGCAGCAAAGGAGUCCAGCAGGUGGGCUUAUCGCUACUGUGCCAGCUCUUUGAAAUAUGCCCAAACACCCUGGAGGAGCUCACUAGACCUCUGCAGGCCAGCCGGGAGUGGGAGAUACUGGGAGUGCACCAGCAGAUCCUGAAGGCCCUAUCUCAAUAUAUUACAGACCCUCAGGUGACCAUGUUUGGACUCAGAGCCCUGGCAGUACUGCUCAGAUCAGAUGCAGUUCCUCUGCUGAUGCUGGACGAAGAAGAGGAUGUGUUUAGCCUGGUUGUGGUGGCGAUGAAGACAUUUCCUACCAAUAAGGAAGUGCAGUUCCAAGGUUGUAUGGCUCUGCAGCUGCUGCUGGGCCAAGUAACUGAUGACCAUCUGGUUGAGUUUGUGGAAAACCAGGACCAUGUUGUGGUUCUUUCAGCUCUGCAGAUGUUCUCUGACUGCCCCAAGCUUCUCAUCCAGGCCAUGAAAAUGUUACUCCCUUUAGCUCGAACAGGCAGUAACGUGGAGGUGUUGAUGUCUGGAGGCACUCGGUGUUACAGCAUAGUCAUCGCUGCCAUGGAUGCUUUCCCUGAGGUGGAGGAGCUGCAGGAGACAGCCUGCCUGCUGUUCAGAAGGUUCACCUCAGAGAGUUUCUACAGCAUCCUGGUGACCAACGGCGUCCAGAGGGUCUCUCUGAGAGCCUGUCAGACCUUCCCUGACAAUGCUGCCCUGCAAGCUGCUGCCCUCUCCUGCCUGGCUGACCUUACUGCAACCAUUGUGCAGAACAAAGCGGUGGCUGAGCAGGGUCUGGAGGAAGGAGAGGAGGAAGAGGAGAGAGGCAUGGAGGGGGUGGAGGACAUGGGCCUGGACUGGAUGGAGGACUGCUGUACAGCGCUGGAGCUCCAUGCAGCUGAUCCGGCUGUUCAGGAAGCUGCGAGCUGGGCCAUUCAUAACCUGCUACUACACGGAGUCCAAGUAAAGCCUUCAGAUGAAGAGCAGGGUGGCAGGACUCCUGUUCACAGACAAUUAAUGGCUGCCAUGCUGCUCCACUCCACCUCUCCCAGUGUGUUCAUUGCAGCUACCAGUGCCAUCGCCACACUCAUUACCAACAACAGUAAAAUGAGCUCCUUGUUGCUGACUGGUGGCCUCCAUGUUAACCUGGUGGAGAUGAUGAAGAGACAUUCAAGCUCAGCAGAAGUCUCCAUCAGUGCCUGCAAGCUCUUAAAGCUGUUGUUCCAUGGAAGGACUGCCAGCCUGGAUGAGCUGAACAUGGCCAUGAGCCAGAUCCUCAACGUCAUGAAGGUCCACAACUUCCAGUCGGAGGUUCAGCUUGCAGCACUGGAGGCCAGUCUGAUCUUCCUUUGCCCAGACAGGAGCUUAAGGGAGAACGGUGCGUCCGUCUCAGAUCCUGACAUGGCUGAUGUGUCGCUGAGAGUCCUGAAGAACCAGUGUGUGGUAGAAGGGGCUCACACACUCUACCUGGAGGUCCUCAACAGGUUUAUUAGCAGGCCCACCCUACAGCAGUGCGGCCUGAAGGUGCUGUCAUCCCUGGCAGACUGCUCAGGUGCAGUGGACCUAUUGUGCCAGCAGGGGGCGAUAGACACAGUGCUUCAUACACUACAGAUGUUUCCGAAGGAACGAGAGAUACACUACUGGGGUCUGACCCUUCUUAGCUACCUCGUGACGAAGAAGAAGCUGUCGAGGAUGGUUGUGCCAGUCCUGGCCUCUGUUGUCGUCGCCUCCCUCAGUCAGUACAGACAAGAUUCUGAGAUGGUGUUGAAGUGUUUUCAGGUGGCGUAUAGGAUGUUGGACGCCUGCUCGGGGGCAGGAGCUGAACUGCAAAGAGAAGACUUCGACAGGCAGAUCUUCCAGCACCUCAGACAGGAGAGCAGGCAGAGUGUCAGCCCACUGCGGAGGUCGGUGUGUCUGGCUUUGUCAAAGAUGUGUUGCGACUCCGAGCUACACUACAGCAUGCUGGAAAAGGCCUGCAUGGAUGGCGACACGAUGAUGGCAGAGUGCCUCAUUGAGCUGGGGGCCGAUGUCAACACGAAGGCAAAAACAGAGUCUCUCAUUUAUCAGGUAUGUGAGAAAGGUGGUCCUCUGGAGCUGGUGGAGCUCCUGCUGAGCAGAGACACUCCUGAGCAGCAGCUCCGCAGGGCUCUGGCUGUAAGUGUGAAGAGGGGAGAUGGGCCCGUAGUUAUCCUGCUGCUCGGCCGGCUUGGUUUGGACCUCAACAACGGCGCCCUCUGUCUUGGAGGCUUCAGACUGGGCCGACUGGAUGCUGCCUGGCUGAGCCCUCUGCUGGCUGAACGAAACAGAGCAUACAGUCUGCGAUGCAACGGUAAAGGUGUAAGCUUGGCGAGGUACAUUCAGUCUCUGCAGAGGUCAAAGGGCGUCGGUGGUUUUUCUAGACCAAUGUCAGACCAGUGUCUGACUUCUGGCUACAUUUCUGAUGAAAGCGAUGACUCCAGCUUCAGUGGCGUGUCUAUGGAUGACAGCUUGUUUCUAAAUGACGACAUAGAGAGUGAUGGAAGUGAUUCAGUGUCGGCUCUGUCUCCAAAGUCAAAAAACAACUCAGCAGAGGAGCUGAGGGGAGACUCCUUGAGAAGGAAGCAGGGACGUCACAGACACGCCAGCGCAGAGAGUCCUAAAGCUGAAAAUGAAAACGGUGAACCCACACACAGAAGAUAUGGACGGACUCACUCGAAGUCAGUGCUGGGAUUUGCUGACAACUCUGCUGCUCUGCCCAAGGAAAAGGAGCGGAUCCGUCUGUUGGAUUUGUCAGGGAAUGAGUUGGACUCUCUGUCUUGUUUCCUGGAUGAUGCUUUUGUCCAGCAGCAGCUAUGGCAUGUCCUUCGUCUGGACCUGAGCAGCAACAGUCUGCUGGAGUUCCCCUCUGCCAUCUGCCAGAGUUUGAGAAGUCUGACCCGACUGGACCUGCAGGGUAACCAGCUUCAUUCGUUGCCAGAUGACCUGCUGGCUCUGCCCUCACUGAGCAUGCUCAAUGUCUCUCGUAACUUAAUCGGCCCUGUGUUGAGCUUCGACCCGGCGGUCACAUGCCCGUCACUCAGGCAGCUCAAUAUGUCAUUCAAUAAAGUCAGCACGUUCCCCUAUGAGCUGGGCCGGACCAUGGAAAAGCUGGAGGAGCUGUUCAUGGAAGGUAACAGUCUGACUGACCUGAGCUCAGCUCUCUAUCUCCCAGAGAUCAAGCUGCUGGAUGUGAGCAAGAAUAACGUGGAGAAGGUUUCCCCAGACUUUCUGACCAGCUGUCCCAAACUGGAAACCUUUAAUGCUUCAAUGAAUAAAAUCUGUUCCCUUUCACAGCUGCCAGCCAAGGUGACAACAUUGAAACUGGCUAACAACAACUUCACCCACGUUCCUGAGGCCAUACUGAAUCUACCAAUCUUACGGUCAUUGGACAUGAGGACCAACAACAUUGAUGUUUUACCUGGCCCGGGGUGCUGGGCGUCCCACAAAAUCAGGGAGCUAAUGUUCAGUCAGAACUGCAUCAAAGAGUUGGAUCUGAGUGGACCAAUCUACAGAUGGGCCGGACUGGAGAAGCUCCAUCUAAGUGACAACAAGCUUAGUGAGAUCCCACCACAAAUUGGGAUGAUAGAAGGCCUGACCUCUCUGGAUGUGAGUCGUAAUUCUAGCCUGAGGCUCUUCCCGGAAGAAAUGGGAAAGCUGGUCAGACUGUGGGACCUGCCACUGGAUGGCCUUCGACUUGAGCUGGAUCUGAAACUUAUUGGCAACAAGACCAAAGACAUAGUCAGGUUCCUGCAGCAGCGCCUGAAGAAGGCAGUGCCAUACCACCGCAUGAAGCUCAUUGUGGUGGGCAACACUAGCUGUGGAAAGACCACCCUCGUCAGGCAGCUGAUGAAGCUGAAGCGCUCCCAGUUGACCUCAAAACAGAGUGCUGUUGACGUUUUUGACUGGAUCAUCAAGGAACGGGACAAGAAGAAAAUGUUGUUGAAUGUCUGGGACUUCUCAGGUGGAGAGGAGCUCACUGGCUGUCACCCUCUCUUUCUUACAUCCAGAGCUCUCUACCUGGUUGUGUACAACCUCAGUAAAGGAGCCAGUCAGGUGGAUGCUCUGAAACCCUGGCUCUUCAACAUUAAAGCAGUGGCUCCGCUGUCUCCAGUCAUCCUUGUUGGAACCCACACUGACUUGAGUGAAGAGUUGCAGCUCCAGUCCUGCUUAAAUAAAAUCCAACAAGAGCUGCUGAACCAUCAAGGUUUCCCCACCAUUAGAGAUUAUCACAUGGUCUCGCUCUGUGAGGACUCAGACUCCAUUGUCAAACUCCGCAAGGCAAUCAUCAAAGAGGUCACCAGCUUCAAGAUUCAGGGCCAGCAUGUUAUGGGUCAACUGGUGCCAGAUAGCUACGUGGAGCUGGAACGUAGAAUUCUCCUGGAAAGGAUCAGGGUCCCACCAGAGUUUCCUGUCCUCAGAUACAAUAGGCUUCUGCAGCUUAUCGAGGAGAGCCAGCUUCAGCUGGAGGAAGCCGAACUGCCUCACGCCAUCCAUUUCCUCAGUGAAGUCGGCAUUUUAUUACACUUUGAUGACCCUGCACUCCAACUUCCGGAACUUUAUUUUAUCGACCCACAGUGGUUGUGUAACAUUCUGUCUCAGAAACUGACAUUGAAGAGCUGUGGUCUCUUGGAGCAACCAAAAGGAGUGGUUCAGCGUUCUGUUGUGGAAAGGUUUCUGUUAGAGACCAAAUUUUUCCCAAAGAGCCAUAUGGUCCAGUUCUUUAAGCUUCUGGAGAAGUUUCAGAUUGCCCUUCCUUUUGGUGAGGACCAGCUAUUGGUACCCAGCAGUUUGUCCAAACAAAGACCGGUUAUAGAACUACCACACUGUGAGAACUCUGAGGUGAUUGUACGUCUCUAUGAGAUGCCGUACUUCCCCAUGGAUUUCUGGUCUCGGCAGAUCAGUCGCCUUUUAGAAGUCUCCUCGUAUUUGCUCUGUGGAAGAGAAAAGGUGCUUCGACCCAACCGUAUUUACUGGAGGCGAGGCAUUUACCUAAACUGGUCCCCUGAAGCAUACUGUCUGAUGGAGGCAACUUCAGAUGAGCAGAGUCCCUCCAGCUUUGUCAGGAUAACUGUGCCCUCAUCUCAAAAAGGCCGAGUGUUACUGGGCCAAGUGGUGGACCAUGUUGACUCUGUACUGGAGGAAUGGUUUCCUGGCCUGCUCAACACUGACAUGCAUGGCAAUGGAGAGGCUUUGCUGAAGAAGUGGGUUCUCUACAGUUUUGAAGAUGGCCAGGAGUUGAGGAAGAUUCUGUUGGAUGACCUUUACAGGCAUUUUGAUCAUGAUUUUUUGCUGGUGAACCCAGAGAAUCCACGCUAUAGGCUCCCGAUUUCUCAGAUCGCCCCAGACCUGGUGCUGAGUGACCAGCCUGCAGGAACAUUACUGGACAGCGAGGAAUUGAAAGUAGACCUCUCCACAGAGAACAGACUAGGGAAUGGAGGUUUUGGAACAGUUUAUCGAGGAGUUUAUAAAAACGAAGAAGUUGCUGUGAAGGUUUUCAACAAGCAUGCUUCUGAUCUUUAUGUCCACAGACUCCUCAGACAGGAACUGGCAGUGCUAGGUCGUCUCCGGCACCCCAGCCUGGUGGGCCUGCUGGCCGGCAGCUCCGCUCCUCAGGUCCUGGUGAUGGAGCUAGCUCUCAGAGGCUCUCUAGACUCCCUCUUUGACCAUGAGAAUGGUAGCCUCAACCGAAAGCUGCAGCACAGGAUCGCCCUGCAUGUGGCAGAUGGACUCAGGUACCUCCAUUUUGCAAUGAUCAUAUAUCGGGAUCUGAAGCCCCACAACGUGCUCCUGUUCAACCUGAAAACUGACUCAGAGAUCAUCGCUAAAAUUACCGACUAUGGGAUCGCUCAGUACUGUUGUAGCAUGGGAGUGAGGAGCUCCGAGGGCACUCCAGGUUUCCGAGCACCUGAGGUGGCCCGAGGUAAUGUGAUCUACAACCAGCAGGCUGAUGUGUUCUCGUUCGGCCUGCUGCUAUACGACCUGCUGACGAGCGGUGAGCGCAUUUCAGACGGCAUGAAGUUCCCCAGUGAGUUUGAUGAAAUCGCAGUGCAGGGAAAGCUGCCAGACCCAGUAAAGCAGUACGGCUGUUCACCUUGGCCAAACUUCCAGGCUCUGAUGAUGGACUGUCUGAGGGAAAGCCCACAGGAUCGACCCACCUCCGCUCAGCUGUUCGACAGGCUGAAUUCGGGGGAGAUGCUCUGCUUAAUGAGUGAAGUGAAGGUUUCCAGCAUGUUCAGUGCUCAGUGCAUUACAGUGAGCUGCAGGAGCAGCAGUGGUCAGAGAACAUCAAGCCAAACAGCCUGGCUCGGCGGGGGCAGCAGCUCCCGGAAGAGAGGCUUCAUCACAGCUGUGGACCUGCAGACCAACACGGUCACCUCAAAGGAGGUCGACACCAGUCCCGUCCUUUGCCUUGCAACAGUCCGGAUCCCAAACGAUGAAUCUGAUUGGCUGGUAGCAGGCACACAGUCCGGCUCCUUGCUGGUCAUCAGCACCCAGGACGUUUCCACUUGGCACCACCUGCAGAGCGUCACUGAUGCCGUCACCUCACUGUACUUCCAUCUACACCCUCAGCACAUCCAAAGAACAAAUUAUUUGUUGGUCGGGACCGCAGAUGGAGUUCUUAGUGUCUAUGAGGAGUCUGUACUCAUGCAGGAGAACGGUCAGCCAGUUAAAACUCUCACCGUGGGAAACAUCAGCACUCCGCUCAUGUGUUUGGGCCAGUCGACUCACUCCCUGGACAACAAGUCCGUCUGGGCCGGCUGCGGGACCAAGAUCCUCUCUUUCUCUGUCGACUACGACGUCUGCAAGUCCAUCGACACGAGACCACACCCCAUCUUCCACCAGCAGCGGCCUCUGAGUAGCGAGGCGUUUGUUUCCCGCAUGGUGGUGGACAAACAUGUGUAUCUUAGCAAAGCUGGGACACCAACUGUUGAGGUCUGGGAUAAGAGGAGUGAGAGGAUGGUGGACUGCAUCAACUGCUCUCAGAUCAUUAGGCAAGAAUCGGGCUGCAGGCGGGGCAGCAGAGUAGAGCUGCCCUCUGAGGCUUCACCUUCCUGGGCCACAGUUAAGGCCUUGAUGAUGCAGAACACUGCAGCUCUCUGGAUCGGCACUAGAGGGGGCUACCUGCUCCUGCUUGAGCUCUCCAAUCAUCAGACCCUGCAGGUCAUGGCACCUUCGUGUAAUUCCAUUUGCUCCAUCUCCUCAGCAUUCAAACAGUCGAUGAACUGGAAGAACGCGGUGCUGGUUUUGGGCCGGAGGCUCCCACGAGACAAGAAUCAGGAUGAUGAGGAGACUUUGCUGAUGGUGUGGAACAGCAUGCUGCCUCUUGAGGUCAAAGACCUGAAAAAGCACUGUGAGAAGAGAGCGCGAGCAGCAGCCAGAAUGAGAGAGCAGCUCCAUCACACCUGAACAACAGGCUCGGAUUGGAGGAGUCGGCCAAAAGGGAUCAACACUUCAGCUGCACUGAACCGGAUGUUUUACCUCAGUUUCUGACGACCACAUGCACUUUUCAGGACUCUGACCCUGGAUGUUCAAUAAGACUGGAAAACUGAAGAAUCCACUGCUAGAUUUAUUUUUCUCUUGUCUUUUAACCCAGCUCACUUCAAAAAUAAAGUGGCAUGUGUUGUUAGAUAAUGACGGUCUUUGAAUUUUGGGAGGUUUUUUUAAAGGGACACUGUUGGUUUGCGAUUUUAGUCUCAAGAACUGAGGAGAUGUUAACGACAUCCUGCUCCCGAUAAACAGAUAUGGAUUUUCACUUUGUGUACAAUAAGAAAAGCAGAAACUGGAAAGAAAGCACAAAAAGAAAAGCCAUAAAAAGUGUCCAUUGGAUUAUUUAUUUCCGUGUUUGUGUGCCCAUAUUUACCAGUUUAUUAAGCCAUUCUACAUAGAUGGGGUAAAACGUUCUUCUAAUGCUGCCUUACUUGUACAUGUUUUGAGUAUUUUUUUAAUGGGCAUCCUUGUAGCUGAAGUCACUGUGAUGCCAAACAAAGCAAGUCAAUAAAAGCUAUUUUGGAUACA